AGAAGAGUGCAGGUUGAAUUUCUGGCAUUAGUCCGUUCUUCGAUCUGUCAGGCGAAGCUCUGCUGUGAACCGCGCGGCGUACAGAAGUGUAUUUUUGUAUACGUAUGUGACGGAGUGCCAAAGUAUAUCGUUUUGUUGAAAAGUGAACACUUGUGAAAUGAAUAAUGUAUUUUCAAAAGUUAAUACCGAGAUAUAAAGGGGCGCUGAUGUGAAAUAUCCCGUCGGGUGAUUCUCAGAGACCGGUACUGCUAUGUGAUACUUCGGACAGAUCCAAGAAUAUUUUCACUGACAUCCCAAUCAAAGGGAAAAUUGCUAUUCCCUGAAGGGUGCAUCAACAAUUUAACAUGUCUUGUAACGCACCGUUUGUCGCGAUCGACGGCAAAAUGAGCGGAGAAGCAAGAUGGGUGGUCCAGAGGCUGAUUCUCCAGCAUUCCUUACAUCUCAUUAUUUUAUUGACUAUCAUCAUUUCAGAAGGGCCCGCCGCCGCCGCCGCCGUCGACGCCGCCGCCGCCGCCGCCGCCCCCGCCCCCGCAGGCGCCCGCUACCCGCACGACCUGGGCCCGCUGUACCCGGGCUACGGCGGCGGCAUGCUGCAGCACGCCCACCGCGUGGCGCCGCCCCCGUACGGCGCCGUGCCCGUGCCCAUGUACCCGUCGCACGCGCAGCCGCAGGCGCCCCUCUACGGCCGCCACGGCGGCGUCUACCCCAUCGGCUACGGCCCGCCGCCCAUCCUCUACGGCCACGGGCGCAGCACCCCGCUGGUGAGCCACGGCGCACAGCUGCCCGUCAAAACGCGGUAG